AUGCCGGAGCUGGACCAGGAGAGGCUGCAAAGCUUGAGGCAAGAGCUUGCCAAGUUCAAGAGGGGCGAAAGGGUGGAAAAGAGGUCGAGGACCACAGCGUUGGGAAAACUCUUUGAUGCCAUUACUAAGAAAAUCGAGGGCUACCAGACAGAGUCUGACGUGAUCAGCUUCCUAUAUGCACAGUUCAGUCCUCAUCAGGAGCAGGCCGGAUCUGCAGCUAGAAGGAAGUACGUCAUUGACGAGUUGCUGGGCUACCUAAGGGAGAUUAACGUGCUUUCGGCGAAGAAGAAGGACUCAAAUAUGAUCUCCAUCCCGUUGUAUGACAUAAGAGUGGUGGGGGAAUUGACCAACAUCAUCAUUAUACACGGCGUGUACGCCAUCAUGCCAAGCGACAUUCUGCUGCCGUUGGAGAAAAGAAAGCUCAAGAACUUCAAGGCUCCAACAGCAUAUACUAAGAUGGAUUUUAAUUCCGGAAUACCUAUUCUCAAAGACAUCCUCUCCACGUUCACGGAGAUCUUUGAGUCUGAGAGUGACUUGAAAGAUCUUAUCCUCGUAGGAACUGGUUUCACAGACGCUUUGUCCAUUGCGAUUUACUUCGCGGUGUCCAUCGGACUAGCUGAGUACCAACAGUACAUUGAUCGUCUAGAAGCGCAGAGCUCUACCUAUCAGCUACUUUCCUUCUACUCCAUUCUGCUGAAAAACUGUCGAGCCAAUCGGACAGUUGCGACAUUUGUGUCUUUUUUACUUUCAAAGCAACUUGUGAAGCGCAAUGGGGUGGAAUCGCUAAUUGAUUUGGCGCUGGGACUCAGAGAAGAUGAGGAGGUGGACAUUGCCAAGAUUAAUAGUAUUGUUCAAGUGCUACUCACGUCCAAGCCGCAGAGUAUGAGCUUGAUCGAUUACUAUAAGAAUAUUUUCUCGCAGAUUUAUGGCAUGCUCGUAUUGGUCAAUAGGCCGCUAAUGAACACCAUAUUGGUCGAGAUGAUAACUGUCAUAUACAAGAGAAACAAGCGGAUUAUUGCCGACUUUUUGUUUUCUGAUGUCUGGGAGAAUUUGAAUCCAGCUUUAAGGAAAGACCGAGAUAUCUCUACGGAUGAGUCGGUAGUCUUGACCAACGAAAUAGAUCUAAACAACUCUUUCAAUGUUUGUCUUUCAAUCUCCAGAAGUCUCAAUAAUUUGGACCAGGAAAUAAUGAAUGAAUUUUUCCAGCCAAUACUUCUUUCAUUAUGGUACUAUGCAAACUAUCAAAGAAGCAAGCAAAAAGAUUAUGAUAUAGUAUUGAAUUUGGUUAAAAAUGUCAUCAUUCUUGGAGAUUCGGAUCACUUCAUAGAUCUGAUCACAACUAACUUGAUUGACUAUCAGAUGGAAUGGAAAUUUUCUGAUGGUGAAAGUAAUCUAACUUUCAUAAAAUAUAAUACUAAAGAGUCCGAGACUUCGAAAGAAAACAAAAUUUUGGAACUAUUCAAUAAAAUAGAUUUCUAUAUGGAAACGUUUGUUAAUUUAACCUCUAAGUUGAAUGAUUCAGAUAUAGACCAUACGAAUAAAGUUCUCAUUGCAACAUUAAACAAACUGUAUUCCAAUACAGCAUUGGAUGACACUGAUAUUCCAUUCAAAAAAAUAGUUUAUUUAAAGCUCAUACAAUCAUUAUUAGAAACUUUCAAGUCAGAAAUUGAGGGCUCACCAAAGUCCCUACUAAUUUUUGCAAAAACCUAUUUCAAUCAGUAUUUUGAGUCCGUGAAAUCGAAGUCAAAGUUGGACAUCGUCAAAACUGAAGACUCCGAUGAUGAGGAUGAAGAUGAAGUAUUGUUUGACGGAAGCGAAGGCGGAGAUGGCAUCACCUCUUUGGUUCCUAUCUUGGAUAUCAUCUCCACUCUAUCUCCUUCUAGUGAUAGCGAGAAAGAACAAAUGGAAAGCUUGCAAAUUACUUUAAAGACUAAUAUAAAAUAUAUUCCAAAGUCGAUUUACCAGGUGUGUGAAGAUAUAAUAGGUAUUGAUACAAAAAAUACAACCAUCAAAAGCAGUUCCUCUGGAUUCAAUAUGGAGACAGUUUUGAAACAGAUCAAUGAUCCAACACCCUCGGUCAGGGUGUAUGCACUAGACAAGCUAACAAACUAUACUAUAAAUUCAAAGACUGAAGAGAGAAAGCAAGUUUCAACUAAAUAUACCCUAAAUUUAUUACUCUCACAGUUAAAAGAUCUUGAGCCAUUUGUGUAUCUAAAUGCAAUCAAGAAUGUGGUCAGUGUACUUUCAUUCGACAGAACUUUUUUUAGCUAUGUGAUAGAGCUAUACUCUACUUCUAAAAAAAGUAUUGACGAGAAGUUACGUAUUGGUGAGAUUUUGACGAAGUUCAUUUCCUCUCAUGGUAAAGUUCUUGUGGGGUCACAAAUCAAGGUGAUCAUAAACACAUGCAUAAAAAUUUCACGAGCAGAAUCCAAAACGGAAAAGAAAUUGGCUGACAAUAGUGAUUUAAGAAUGAAGAUGUCUUCUCUAUCCAUACUCGGUACUACUUGUCAUGAAUGCGGAUACAGCGUAAUCCCUUAUAUUACCGAGAUUGCAGACCUAGUUCAUGGAAUAAUCACCUUUGAAACAAGCGCUGAGCUCAAGAGAGCGGCCGUUGUUAUUAUAAACGAUAUAGUUUCUAGUGAUAAUGGGUUGGAGAUCAUAAAAGAUCAUGGCGAAAAGCUUCAAAUUCUUCUUGACUAUAUUUCAGAAAAUGACCAUGAUUUGCUUGUUUGCCAAUUAGCAUCUGCAACUCUCGACCAGAUAGAGGAAACCUUCAACUCGAGAUUUACUAUUUUAGACUGA